AUGGAUGGUGGAUCCUCGUCUUGGCAUGAUUAUCUGGGCCGGAGCCCGGGAACUGCCUUCGCUUGCCAUUCCCGCCAGCGGCUCUUUAAUGUAAUUGAGCAAGUGCCCGUUGCCCUUAUUAAAACCUUUUUCUCCUUCCCUCCCCCCUUCCCUCCUUCCCCUCUCCUCUCGCAGGCCAGGAAGGAAUUGCAGAUGCACAGUGCCAACUGGUUAAAAUGGGAAGCUUUGCAUCGGCUUUUGCAGGAAGCUUUGCUGAAGCCGGGAGCCGAUCCGUCCCUCCAGGAUAAAAAAUUCCUGGAAACCCUAGAACAGCAGCUGCUAGUAGCGGAGUUGAAACGGAUGCUUGAUCUCCAUUCGUCCCUGCCAAACGCCCGUCCGUCUGUCUUAGGCCUGGAAACCCGACAUUUAACCGAGUUUCUCCCGCCUCACCAAGACCUGGAACAAAUGCAGAAACACCUCCCAGCCGAGGUGGAGAAGUUUCUGAAGGCCAAAUGUUUGGACGUGCUGAGUUAUUAUCGUCCCGAGAGUGAUAACGUCGGAGCCGCCGCCCAGAUGAUUAUGCUGGGCGCCUUGCCGGAGAGUCUAGUCACCGAGAAGCAGCAUCUGAAGGAGGCCAGAGCUCAGCAGGAAGAACUGGUCGGGUAUCUGGAGCAGCAGAAAGCAGCUUACCCCCAGGUCCUGCUGCGUUGUUUGGCUCUCCUGAAACGAUUGGCCCGUGAGUUCCGCUUGGGGUUCCAGUCCGAACUGGACCAGGUCAACACCCAGUAUAUGGAGAUUAAAUGCACUGCUAUGUUGCUCAAGAUACGGUUCGAGGAACUGAAGAUCCUGUCGGAAACUUACACACCUGAGAUCGUGAAUGUGCAUCGGAUGAUCAGGUGAGCUGAGAAUAGAAAA